UAUUAGUAGUCAGUAGUAACGCCCGUACUCCAGUCGUCACUGACGUUGUGUAUCUCUCCCCCUUCUUCCUCUUCUCCUCUCCAUCCCCCUCUCCCAUCCUUAGUCGAUCCUCUCUCACCCUUCACUUUCACCUUCACCUUCGUUUCUUUUCUUCCGCUGCGCGAGGAAUUCUACAGAGUCUAUUACCGGCUGGUCCAGUUCAUUCUCUGUCAUCUCUCUUUCUUGUUGUCUUUCUCUUUGUCAAUCCCCCGACAAGUCUCAAAAGAACAAGAGGCCGGUUCCUCUUAAUCACCACCACUUCGACCCCCGGUAAUCGCGUAUGUUCGCUUGUUGCCAUCGGCCGUGUGAAAAGAUCCUCGUCUAUCUGUAUAUCGAUAUAUAUACACAGUCUCGAAAUUUGCUAUCACAGCAUCACAAUAACACCUUUUAUCCGGUGAUCGCCUUGCGACGUUGAUCAUCCCCCCGUCGCGCCUUGUUGAUCCGACCCGCCCUGUCGAAUCAUUUCUAACGCGCGCGUGGAACCAUGUAUCCCCAACCAGGUGCCCCAAUGGCACCUCCCCAGAAGCCAGAGACGUUUAUGCUAUCAACUGAAGCCCAACAAAGCCUCCCGCACGAUGCGCAAGUCGCCCUGCAGCAAGUCGAUAAUCUGAAAUACUUCCUCCUCUCGGCUCCCGUUGACUGGCAGCCCGACCAGUUGAUUCGUCGCUUCCUCCUGCCGACCGGCGACUAUGUGUCUUGCGUUCUCUGGAGCAACCUCUUCCACAUUUCCGGAACCGAUAUCGUGCGAUGCCUCGCCUUCCGAUUCCAAGCCUUUGGUCGCCCUGUUAAGAACUCCAAGAAAUUCGAGGAGGGAAUUUUCUCCGACCUGCGAAAUCUCAAGGCCGGGACCGAUGCGACCCUGGAGGAGCCCAAGAGUGCGUUCUUGGACUUCCUGUACAAGAACAACUGUAUCCGUACCCAGAAGAAGCAGAAGGUUUUCUACUGGUACAGCGUUCCUCAUGACCGGCUGUUCUUGGAUGCGCUUGAGCGAGACCUCAAGCGCGAGAAGAUGAACCAGGAGGCCACUACGGUUGCCGUCAGUGAGCCGGCCUUGUCGUUCGAAUUUGAUUCGUCCCAGUCGUUGUAUGAGCAGUUGACCAAGGCGCAACAAGCGAACACCUCCUCGUUUGCUGCUGCUGCCCACGCCCACGCAAGUACGACAUAUGGCCAGCCCAGUUCCCCCGUGGUUCGGACCGUUGACGCAAUGCCUCCUCCCCAGAUGGCUCCCCCAGCGAUCCCGCUCAUGCAGGACGACCAUGGCAACCCGACGAUGUACGGCAAUCCUCAGAUGCCUCUUUCGAACAAUCUAGUCCAGAGCAUCAUUAAGCGCGAGCAGGACUACGGGCAGAUCCAGUAUGAUCGCAAUGGAAUGCCCCUCGCCCGCAUCCACCAGCGCCAUUCGUCCAUGCCGACCUUCUACGAGUACUCGCCCGCCCCGUCUUUCGUUUCUUCUCAGUACGAGGAUUACAGUAAUCGCGGUCUGUCCUUUGAACCGGUGACUCCACCGCAACAUUCGGUCGGACUCGGCGCUGAACCUGCGUAUAUCGCCAACGAGGAUACGGGUCUCUACACUGCGAUUCCGGAUCUUUCCCACGCGGCGCCAUACAAUCCCAUGAUGCAGCUUCCACCAUCCAACUUUGCUGCUGCUGGUCACUACCCUAGUGCCUCUCGAUCCUUUUCGUCCAAUGCCUACUCCGUCAUCGAGGGCUCUCCCACUUACAAGCAGCGGAGGCGGCGACCCUCGAUCACCCCGGGACCGGCUGGUACCCCCGGUGCCACCAAUGGGUCCCACGGUGCGCCCUCCUCUCAACCUCCACCUUAUGCUGCUCACCGCCCGAGCGAUCUUCGACGCUCCGUGUCUAGCUCGGUGGCCCCUGUUGCGGAGGGUGAGGAGUCUGGGCAUGAUCUAGCUCGGACAUACCCAAGCGCCAUGCUCCCCCAGAAGGACCUGUUGCAGGAAAUCUCACGUCAUGGAACCCCGCUUCAGCACUUGGAGGAGUCCGUUGAUCAGCACGCAGUGCCAAUGAGCAACCCUCCAGAUGACCUGACAGCGCUCCCCACUAGUGCAGCUAUUGAAACAACGGUUCAGAACAGCACUGGCCGGUCGGACCGUGCGGGCCCUGGUCCUGCACGUCGCGCCCGGAGUGCCACCAUGAUGGAGCUUGGACCGUAUCCCCAGAAAUCUCACUCGUGCCCAAUCCCGUCCUGUGGACGACUCUUCAAGAGAUUAGAGCACCUCAAGAGGCAUGUGCGUACCCACACGCAAGAGCGACCUUACCCCUGUCCAUACUGCAGCAAAGCCUUUUCUCGAUCCGAUAACCUCGCACAGCACCGUCGCAUCCACGAGGCCCAACAAGACGGUCAAGGACCUAUUGCCAAUGAUGAUGACCUGGAGAAUGAUGCUAAUGAGUUUGAAUCCGCUGGUGAGGACUCGUCGCCGCCUGCACACCACGUCCCGCACACUAUGGUCCAGAUGCCCCCGAUGACCUCGAUGGCGACAUCCAUGAGUAUGCCCUCGGCAAUGGCCACUAUGGUCCCUGCGUCGCAUCAGAUGAUUGCCCCGCAGCUUCUGCAGCAGCAAAUGUAAACUGCGGUCAGGGCUUGAAUAUCCUUGGUGUGACCUUGUCGACCGGGUCUGCAGACGCAUCUAGGCGUCCUGGCCCUGGUGUUUAAUUUCUCAUGUUCACUCUUUUCAGCACCACGACUUACCCCACCAAGGUUAUUGCAUCUAAUCAUCUUUCAUUCAUUCUCGUUGGGUCUGUCGCUGGCGAUGUUGUUCGACACAUAUCUCCAUCUACUUAUUCCGUCUGCAUGGCAUGCUUGUUGGAUUUUCUUUGUUGCUUCUCUACAUUAUUUAUCUGUGUUGGAACUUAUGGCUGACUGUGUUGGACUCUGGUUUUGGAACUUACUGCUCUUGUAUUAUCGCCUUGUGCUUCACCCGCGGCACAGAACAUUGGAACCUGGCCUGGCCGGUACGGGCACGGGCAACUUGGGCCGUGCAACGUUUCUCGAGGGGACAUUUGGAGGAUUUAGGGGACAUUUUGGUAUGGCUUUUCUGGAAUAUCGGGUAUCUUCUAUGGAAAGUGGGAAUCUUUUUUCUUGUCUCUAUUGUGUGUAAUUGUGAUUGUGCUUGUGGUUUUGGAUCAGUGCCGUCUUUGUUGCGGCUGGUUUAUACUAUAGACUUUAACGAAUUGACUUGAAUACAAAAUUUGGCAAAAGGAC